AUGAGUACGGUAUUUCUAUAUGAAGAUGGACAUGGGAAUGUUAUUGAUGAGAACGGUGGUCCUGAGCCUAUGGACUACAUCGUUGAUCAGAAUGAACUUAUCGUUGAGACUAUUGCUACUCACACAGAGUACUUGGGAAAUGCAGCCCCCAUUGAAUCUUCUCUGACUUAUCCAAUAUUGGAAAAGCCAAAAAAUGAGGAUGUUCAUAUGAAGGAGGUAAAACCAAAACGAGAAUAG